AUGUCCGACGCGCCGCCCGUACGAUGCGCGAGUUACAAUCAGGACUUCACGUACGUGUGCGUGGCCACGAGAACCGGGUACGCGGUGCACGGGACGGCGGACGGACAGCGACAUCAUCACGACGACAGCCUCGGAUCGCUUCGACACUGCGAGAUGUUGUUCUCGUCAUCUCUGCUGUGCGUCGUCGGCGACGGCGACGUCCCGGCGUUGUCUCCGAGAACGAUUAAAGUGCUGGACGCGCGACUGCGAAGGGUUCUCGGGGAGAUUCAGUGCGCGAGUAGCGUCACGGGCGUACGGUUGAACCGCGCGCGAAUAGCGGCGAGGGAGUUAAAUCGAGUGACGAUACACGAGUUGGGGACUCUUCGGGCGCUGCAGACGAUUGAAACGGCGAGCGAUCCUCUGGGGUUGAUGGCUCUGAGCGCGGACGCGGAGAGCUCGGUGCUCGCGUACGCGGAUGGGAACGCGGUCAAAGUGCACGACGCGUUGAACCUUUGCGGCAUCGCAGAGUGUCGACCGCAUCGGAGUCCGCUGGCGGCGAUCGCGCUGAAUAGUGAUGGGACGAUGCUGGCCACGGCGAGCGCGCGAGGGACGGUGAUUCGCGUCACGUCGCUGCCGAGCGGAACGAAGAUGUGGAGUUUUCGAAGAGGGACGACGAGCUCGGCGAUACAGAGCUUAAACUUUGGUACAACGACGUUUCAUCCGCCUUUACUGUGCGUGUCGAGUGACAAGGGCACGGCGCACGUGUUCGCGGUUGAGGGAGAGCCGCGAGACGCGGAUUGGGUCGAAGAGCGCGUGGGCGAGACGACGGCGGCGAACGACGUGUCGGCGUCGAACGCGACUGCGGCGGCCAACAUCUCGAGCGCUUUGGCGCGCGCGCGGGCGGGGGGGCUCGGACGAAUCGCGGGAUUCGCGGGAGCGGCAGUUUCGGGGAUAACGAGCAGGGUGAGGAGCGGAUUGACCGCGGCGAGAAGCGCGAUGGAGCCCACGAGAGCGAUCGCGGUGGUGAAGCUCCCGCACACAUCGUCCACGAAGUGGUCUUUGUGCGCUUUACAACCCACGCCCGGGAGCGCGGCCGAUAAAUGGGCGCCCCCGUCUUUAGAUUCCUCCCAGCCGAAUCGACAGCUCGAGGCUCAGCUCUCCGUCGUGACCUCCGACGCGGUGUUCUACGAUUACAACGUCCGCCUCGAGUCAGAUCGAUCCGGCUUCUUCUCCAGAGGCGACGCCAAGGAAACUGUCGCUCGGCUCGAGCGCGAGUGCAAGCUCGUGGACGAAACUUUAGAUGAAAACUUCGGUUCAGGAUCGACCGUCGGCGAGCUUCCCACCGACGGACGCUGGAUCGAAACGCGGGUCGUCGCAGACGACGCCCAGGAGCUGCGCACGAACGUCAGCGAGUCCAUGUCCCAGAGCAUGUUCGCCGAACAAUCGUGA